AUGGGCAAUACGCCAACUACUAAAAAAGGCGACCAUGCCGAAAAUGUUCAAAGGUUUUUAGCUGAGGCGAAGAAAGAUUUCGAAAGAAAAUGGGAAAAUCCGGAUAGGAAUUCGGCCACAUUGGAUGAUUAUGAACGAGUUAGAACAUUGGGAACAGGUAGCUUUGGACGUGUAAUGUUAGUUCAGCAUAAAGAAAAAUCACAAUAUUUUGCAAUGAAGAUAUUAGAUAAACAAAAAGUAGUCAAAUUAAAACAAGUUGAACACACGCUUAAUGAAAAACGAAUAUUAAAAGCAGUGAAUUUUCCAUUUUUAGUGAAAUUGGAGGCUUCAUUUAAAGACAACUCGUAUUUAUAUAUGGUAUUGGAAUUUGUACCUGGUGGCGAAAUGUUUUCACAUUUAAGAAAAACUGGUAGAUUUAGUGAGCAAGCGGCCCGAUUCUAUGCGGCACAAAUUGUGUUAGCAUUCGAGUAUUUACACUAUUUAGAUCUCAUCUAUCGUGACCUGAAGCCAGAAAAUCUAUUAAUUGAUCAUCAGGGUUAUAUUAAAGUCACAGACUUUGGUUUUGCCAAAAGAGUUAAAGGAAGAACUUGGACAUUGUGUGGUACGCCCGAAUAUUUAGCUCCUGAAGUCAUAUUGAGCAAAGGUUAUAAUAGAGCAGUUGAUUGGUGGGCGUUGGGAGUUUUGAUAUAUGAAAUGGCAGCCGGUUAUCCUCCAUUUUUCGCAGAUCAGCCCAUUCAAAUUUACGAAAAAAUAGUCUCAGGCAAAUAUCGAUUCCCUGGACACUUUAGUUCAGAACUAAAAGAUUUAUUAAGAAAUCUAUUGCAAGUAGAUUUAACCAAACGAUAUGGCAAUCUUAAAAACGGUGUUAAUGAUAUAAAAAAUCACAGGUGGUUUGCAACCACAGAUUGGAUUGCAAUAUUCCAAAAGCGGGUUGAGGCGCCAUUUUUGCCCAGAUGUAAUGGAGCUGGUGACACCAGUAAUUUCGACGACUAUGAAGAAGAAACACUUCGUAUAGCGAACACAGAGUUGUGUUCUGAAGAAUUCGCAUCGUUUUAG